AUGGAAGUGGAUGUCCACCGGUAUUCGCAGCCAGGAAACUCAAAGGAGGCGUAUCUGGCCACUUGCACGUUACCGUGCGUUGACACGUCUUCAACAGAAUCUUUUUACGGUUCCGCAAGCUAUCUGGAUCUGCGGAGGAAGUUCUUGAAACCGUAUGAUCACUGUUGGAAUAUCUUUUUGACAUGGAGUGGGAGUCAAAUGAAGUCCGCUCAGAACCAUAAACAUUGUUGCGACACAUUUGCCAAACUAGAGAAGACGAAAUCAAGCAUAGAGGAGGCAAGAGUCAAAUAUGAGAAUAUGAAUGAUAUGAUCAGAACGCUUGAGCAAUUGAGAUGCAGCUUGGAGCAGCAUAUUCGGAUGGUUAGGCUCAAUGAAAGCUCCUUUGGUGGAGCAUCCUCCGUUUUGGAGUAUGAUUCUGCCAAAUCUCGUACCAACAAUCUAAUCAAUGUGAUCAAGGCCAGGUCACAAUGGGACAGAGCUAUGGAGUAUCUACAGGAGGAAGGACGUGAUGAUCAGCAGAAAAUGUAUGAAUGUUUAGCGGAUAUGCAGAACAGCCAAGAAACGCUCGCUAACUUCCUUUCGAAUGGCUUCGAUACAAAAGAGUUCGAGGAGGUGAAGGAUCGUUUCUUGGCUUGGCAGAGUACAGCACUGAUUUUUGCCAUUCAACAAGCUGAUUUUGACAAACUGACGGAGAUUCAGCAGACUUACGAGAGCUUAGGGCGCAAGGAUGAAUUCAUCUCUAUCUUUCGCCGUGUAUCCAUUAAUAGGUUGCGGGAGUUCAAGGCGGAGUUCUCUUCAGUGCAACUCAUCAUCGAUGCCCUAUAUAAAGAGCUGGAAUUCGUAUUCACCCAUCAUCACAAAGUGCUGCGGCGCUUCCUGAACGAUGACGCUGCUUCGACUGUGCUUUCCGAGGCCAUCCAGCAAGGUCUGAGUGAGAUAAACUUGACAGAAUCGUUUGCAAACCUUCUGUCUAGCGAUGAGAAUCCGAUCGAAUCACUUCAGAAAGUUUCGCAGUUUCUUGCCAGUCGUUCUGAUGCUACCAUGGCUGGUCUCACCACCACUUCUCAACAGUUGAAAGCGAAGAUCAUAGAAGAUCUUGCAGAUCCAUUCCGGUCGGCUCUGUUAUCCUACAUUUUGUCGAAAAUCAACGCUUUGGAUUUGAACAGCGGAUCAUUUCGAGCACGUGUGGAAUCUUUGAAAACAGCAAUAGCCGAGCUGCUGCAUCUCCUUACAGAUGUGUUUGUUCACAGUGAAGCUCUGUUUGGACAUGACGUUAAGAAUGUGGUACAACAACCAAUUGAUAAAGGCCUAGAGAACUUUCUGGCGAAGCUGAAAUCAUGGGAAUACUGGUCAGACAGUCAACGCCGACCCCGUUCCUUGGAAGACAUAAUUACAGUAUGCUCAGCAUCUGGACAGCUCGUAUACGGCUUGCAAGAAUUCAAAGCAAUGGUAACGAAUGUAGAGCCAUCAUUGUCCCCUAAUAUCAAAUCAGCUUUGAAAUGGAACAGAGGUGUUUGCGAUAAUGUGAUCAAGACUGCGAAUGACAAAGUGGUAGUGAAGAUGAAGGCCAAAAUGGAGGAGAUUAAAACAACAGUUACGAAAGGACCCCCAAUGAGCAAUCUUCCAGCAUUCAGCACACCACCUCACGAGUACAUCACUACAGUAGGACAGGAACUGCUUCAACUAUUUCAUCUUUGGGAGCAAUUCUUCUUGGAUGACAAUGUUGUUCAGUCAUUCUACAUUGCUCUAAAAAAGAAAUUUGAAGGCGAUGACCUAUUCAAAAAGACUGUAUCUGAUGUGGCAAAUAACGUGAUCACCGAGUUUGUCAGUUCGAUAGGUGAUCCAGGCACUUUGUCGAAGGAGGUUGCUAGGCAAUUCCAUGCUGAUACAGUGUUUCUCAAGGAUGCUUUCGAAGAUCUUCGCACUGGGAACGUGGAACAACUGACCGCUCUAGAAGCACAGCUGGAGAGCAGGUAUGCACAAUAAUACGAAGACUGUUAUUUCACUCGCAGCGCAGUUUCAAUCUGUUUCUAAUACUCGAGAAGAUCAUAUGUAUCAUGAUGUAUGCGUUCUAGAAUUUCUGAACAUAAGCAUUGAUCAUUGUAGAGAUCUACAGGCAAUUCUAUCCUUACUGCUUUGUUUUUGAAAACCAAGAUGGAGUGUAUCAGCUCCGCUUCAUGAAUAACCAUAUAUGUGCAAAUUCUUAUUUAUUUCUUGUUGAAUGUGACUUUUAAUACGGGGUUGUUUGUGAGCAAGCUCUUGUUUAUUUAUUGGU